AUGAACAAUAGCGAUAUGAAUCGCGAUAUUCGUACCAUAAAUUCCAUGAUAAAUUCUUUAACGAAACAGUUUCUCUGCUGUACUGCAUUACUUAAGAUAGAUUUUAUAGUAUUGAAGGAAUACAAAACUUACGAUCUCAAAUUAGAUAUCCAAAAACAAAUUUUGAAUAAUACGAUAGAUAACGACUUAAUUAAGCGAUAUCCAAUAAAAACCUCAUAUCAAAAAGCAUUUUUGAAAUUACUUAUGCAAAAGAUAGAGGAAGGUGGUAAUGAAAUUCAUGAUGACUUAUAUGCAGCAUAUUGUAGAUUAAUAUCAUUGUCAGAUGAAGAAUCUGUGCAUUAUCGUCAUUUCUUAAUACAAAAUGGAACAUUAAAUUGCAUUACAUUAAAGGAGAGCACGAACUUGAUUUCUCAAGGAACUACAGGCUUAUGUAGCUGGCAGGGUGCCAUAGUAUUGAGUCAAUGGUGUGCGGAAAACAAAGAACAGUUUUGUGGAAAAAAUAUAUUAGAACUUGGCUGUGGAGUUGGAUUGACUGGUAUGAAUGUAAUUAGUAUAUGUUCCCCGAAACAAUAUAUUUUCUCCGACUGCCAUCCAACAGUAUUAAAUAUGCUCUGUGAGAAUGUAAAACUCAAUUUUGUAUCAAAUAAGCAAAGCGACCUAUUGAAUACAUCUGAUAUGACGUCAAAGCUACAGUUGCAAUUAAAAUACAAGCAAAUUGAUGUUCAAGUAAUAGAUUUGAAAUGGGAGAAUAUCAAUGAAUACAUAUUAGAAAAUUCAUUACAACCCGACAUAAUUAUUGCCGCUGAUAUUCUGUAUGACAGUAACUCAUUUGGUGCAUUAACAUUGGGAUUAAAACGCCUCUUAGCAUCAAACAAUUAUGCUAUUUUCGCUGCAACAAUUCGUAAUGAAGACACUGUUUCACAGUUUUUGGAACAUUUAGAAAAUUAUGAUCUUGCUUUUGAAGAAUCCAGUUUGCCACGAUGGGCUACAUCGAUAGAAUUGAUUUACGCGCCUGUUCGGAUAUUGAAGAUUUUUCAGAAGAUUUGACAAAAGUACUGUGAUAUUGCUAAUUUAUCUGUAAUUAGACAAAUAAUUUAUUUAAUUACAAAUAACACAAUUAGGAAACAGUUAGGAGCAAUUAAAUGGGAGAUUUUAUUAAUAAUCUUAGCAUAAAUUCCUAUAUAUAUAAAUAACAGGUGUUAAAAAUAUAUAUAAAAGUAUUAAAUAUGAAAUAUUUUCUA